GGUCACAGGGCAGGUGCACAGCUGGCUCAGGAACAUGUGGUGAUGCCACCGGAGGAGCUGGCAUCUGCAUGUGGGGAUAAAGACGUCUCCACUGACCUCAGACUGUUGCUAGCAGAAAAAGCUUCAGGGAAUUGAUGAUGAUAAACAUUUGACCCAAUGCUUAUUCAGUUAAAGGCUGGGUGAUAAAUCUGGAACUUUUCUCUGGAUAUCAGUGAUCUUAAAGCUUCAGGAUGACUGCAGGUUCUGUUGUGGCUCCAUUUAUCAUUCCCAUUCGUAUUCCAACUCCUGGGAAAGCCAAGCAUGUAAUAGACACCAAUACACCCAUUGAGAUCAAGUCAGACAGCCCUGAAGUGAGAAUCUUCUACACACUGGAUGGCAGUAAACCAGAGCUGGUGCGAAGGCCAGGGAUUAGGGAUAGCAGCACGCUGAGUUACACUGAGCCCAUUCGCUUACCCAGCGGCAAAGUUCACGUCAGGGCCAUGGCUGUGACCAGUGAUGGAAGACAAAGCGCCGUUGUUACAAAGGUCUUCCUGGUGGAUUGUGUGCCCACUGAGCUCCAAGAACCCUCUGAGGACAACCAGGAGAGCUCCGUAACGAGUUUGGGAAACGAACAGGUGAACAGUGCUGGAGAUGUUUCUACACAAAAUUUAGAUAUUUCUAACAACGCAGCACGGCGCACUCGGAAAGGCCCUCGUUUUCUGUCCCAGCGCAUACAGAGUGCACCCGUAGCUUCACCAAGAAAAAGCACACAGAGUGCAGGAGAUGACGACAGCCUGCUCAAAAAGCUGAACAGCACACAGAUCUCUCGCAUCCAGAGAGAAACUGAUUUCCUCAGAUGUUUUAAGUGUUUGAGCCACCGGCCCUCAGACCCCUUCGCUCGGUUCUGUCUGAAUUGUGGAGCUCCGGUGCCUCCGAUCCCAGGACAGAGACUACCCCCUACUGAAGGGGGGCAGAUGAUCCUGUGUGUGCAGUGUAAGAGUAUGGUGCCAGCGAACACGUCCUCGUGUGUGGUGUGUGAGUCUCCUAUUUCCCCACAGCUUCAACCACAGGCCAGCCUGAGGCUGCAGGGCAAACAGAUCUGUCCAUCAUGUGGCACAGGAAACCCCACCCACAUCACCUACUGUGUGACCUGUGAGACCAGACUGUCUCAAGCCAACACUCCUAUGUUGAGCGGACAACGCGCUCCUCCUCUACCCUCCCCGGAAGAGAAGAUGGUUCCCUGCACCAAAUGUAACAGAGUGAACCACUCGGAUGCUCGUUUCUGCGAUUGGUGUGGUGCAAAGACUGCCCACACAGCAAAGUAUCUGACCUGUUCUAAAUGUGGAGCCAGCAGUCACCCGUAUGCUAACUUCUGUGGAAGCUGUGGCGUGUUCCUGGAAGGUCCACCCCGAGGGUCUGGCAGCAGUCCGCAGCCGAGUGCACGAGCGGACGCGCUGGCACCAGUGCAGAGUUCAUCUACACGCCAUGUUCAGGUAGUGAGCACGGCGAGGUGUGUGGAUGUGCAGACACAGACUGCUGGCCUCUUCUAUCCCUCCAGCACUGAUCUGCAGAAGCAGAGGCAACAAAGAGAGGCGGAGCUUAGCAGACAGGGGCAGAUGAGUGACAGGAAGCCUUUGCUCUCAGCUGUUAGCCCUGGACGAGGAUUCUGGAGGAAGCAGAUGGAUCACAUCUGUGCUCACCUGCGCAGUUACACGCAAAACAAUAGCGAGUUCAGGGCGUUGGUCGGAGAACCACGGAUGGGCAGACUGAUCUCUGCUGUGAUUGAAGAGGACAGCUAUGAAGUCAGCAUGCGUGUUAACUUUGUCUUGGCGUCUCCAGACAGAUCCGCGUCAUCAUCAGCAGGGCAGCUGGAUGGAUCGUUGCGUGAGAAACUUAAUCUCAGUGAUGUCACUGAGGGGAGGAGCAAACUAACCACCAGCCACACCAGCCUAGCUACAUUGAGUGAAGCCGCAGCGUCUGGAACCGUGAGUGCUAGGAACCGGAAGAUGAGCUGCACUUCAGCCACAGCUGAGCAAUCACCCGUGUCCAAAGACGGCCUGCUGCUGAGGGAGGUGGGACCAGAGGGCCGGGGCCGAAUCUCAGUGGUGGAGCAGCUCAUGGAUGAGGGUGCCAACCCGUCGUGCCUGGACAGACACAAGCGUCCAGCUCUGGUUGCGGCCGUGUUAAACGAGCACCACGACGUCAUCCCUAUGCUGGUGCAGAAAGGUGCAGAUGUCGACCAGCUUUCAGGGCCGUUGAACAACAGCGCUCUGCAUGAAGCUGCAGCUUUGGGGACUAAAGGCUUGAGGAGUGCGGAGAUUCUUCUCGGAUGCAACGCAAGUUUGAGAACACUGAACAAUCACGGUCAGACACCGUACAACAUGGCCGAGGCUUCAGGCUGCAGCUCCAUGCUCUCGCUAUUAGCAAGUCCUGGUGGACGGGGCAGGAUUAACAGCCGGAGCUCCUCUGGACUCGACACGUUCUCUUAGGUAGCCAGGAGUUCCCUCUCUGUGAUAUCGGACCUUAGAGAGAGCAGGAACCGACUGAAUACGGACUCGUUUUUGGUACAGAAACAAUCUGGAAAGACGGAAUUGAACUUGUUUUAGCUUGAAGUGUUUAUU